AUCCCGUUCAUCGGGUUCGGGUUCAUGGAUAACGCGCUGAUGAUCACCGCGGGGGAGUACAUCGAGCUGAAAGUCGGCGCGACGUUCGCGUUGUCCACGAUGGCAGCCGCGGGGCUCGGGAACUUGCUCAGCGACAUCGCCGGCGUCGGCUUCUCGUCCAAGAUCGAGCUCAUGGCCGAGCGGUGGGGGUUCAAGAACCCGGAGUUGACCGCGGCGCAGGCGGCGAAGAGCGGGCCGCGGUUGAUGCGGAUGCUCGGCGCGGUGAUCGGCAUCUCGAUCGGAUGCCUGUUGGGGAUGUUUCCGCUGUUGUUUUUCGAGGACGACGACGAAGAAAAGGAA